AUUAUUUGCUCACUGACUUUCUGUUGGUGUGGCAAGAGGUGUAAAUCUUUGAACUAGACGGAGAAAAUUACAGUGUUGCUUGCUCCACCUAAACCACUAAAGAAUGAAUAUGUUUGCUGUUGCAUAAUACACAGCGGGAGGGAAAUUUACCUUUACAAGGCAAUCCUUCGAUGUGAAUGAGUAGCAGGAUGUUCUGUGACAAGAGGUCAGGUGUUUUCAUAAAUGUCAGAGGGGGAAAAAAAUGAGUAAAUAACAAGGACAAGUUCUCAGUAUAUUCAGCCAUGUUGGAAGUUGCUUUUUGAAGAAGCAAUGAGAGUCACAGCAUGACCACCUCUGAUUUUCUAAAUAUUCAGCCACCGUCAAACGUGACUUCUGCUUGAGUGAGAGAGUCAGAGUGUCUCACUCUUAAAUCAGUUAAUAUUAACUACAGUUAUCAAGUCAUAAAGUUGAGCCAGUGUUGUUAGAUACAUUUCUUGCCACCACACCCUGUUUGUCUGUGUCUACAGUGAGCCAGUCAGCGUCUGCUUGGGCCAAUCCCUUUUCUAUGAGAGUUUGCACUUUCUCUCUGCUCUGGGAGAGCACAGGCACCGCAGGAGAAAGAGCAGAUUUCACAUUUUAAUCAUAAAAAUCAUGGCAAAGCAUUGGCACAUGGUGUUUCUGUGGAGUGUCUGGCACCUCCAGACUGUUAAGGUUGCAGCUUUCAAUCUGGACACCCAGAACGUGCUGCAGAGAAACGGAGAUCCUGGAAGCCUGUUUGGAUUUUCUCUCGCCUUCCACAGGCAGCUGACCCCUGCCAGAAAGAACCUAUUGUUGGUGGGAGCUCCACGAUCAAAACGUGAGAAGCAAGUGAACGUUACAGGUGUUGUUUACUGGUGUGAUCUCACAACAGGAUCUGAGCGCUGUCAGCCUAUUCAGUUUGAUAAUGAAGAGUUCCUCGAUAGUAGAGGCAUAAACAACCAGUGGAUGGGUGUUGCAGUUGCAAGUCAAGGUCCUGGUAAAAAUGUGAUGACAUGCGCGCAUCGAUACCAGCAAUGGAGCCCGAACCCGAGCCUUUAUGUCCCUCGCUUGGUGACGGGUCAGUGUUAUCUCUUAGGAGAUGACCUGCAGGUCGGGAAGGAAGAAAGGACGUGGAGGAGGGUAGUUUGUGAUUCUGAACACCUCAGCAGACGUCAAAAGGACCCUGAUUGGUUUGCAUACUGCCAGCAGGGUCAUGGAGCAUCUUUUGCAAAGGACAACAAAUCUCUGUUAUUUGGGGCGCCAGGAGCCUACCAGUGGAAAGGAAUCGUACGAAUGGAGCCCUUGGACAAUCUGGACAUCUUUGGUGAAAAUCCACGUGAGACAGGGGAUAUUGACCAAUUUAAUCCAAAACUCAUUCCUCUCCAGAGAAACAGCUACCUGGGAUUCUCCAUUGACUCCGGGCUGGCCCUCAUCAGACAGGGCGAGCUGACCAUCGUAUCGGGAGCACCGCGAGGAGGUUACAGCGGCCAGGUGACAUUUCUUAAGGCAGACCCCGCGGCACAGAGAAAUUUGUCUGUGGAGUUGGUUCUCUCUGGUCCAGGCCUGGCCUCCUCUUUUGGCUAUGAUUUGGCAGUGGUGGAUCUCAAUGGUGAUGGGUGGGAGGACCUUGCUGUAGGUGCACCGGAGUUCUUUGUUAAAGAUGGUUUGGUCGGAGGAGCAGUCUACAUCUAUAUCAACAACAAAGGAAAUAACUGGGAGAAGAUUGUUCCAACACAGCUUCUUGGACAUAAAGACUCCAUGUUUGGCCUUGCAGUGGAAAGCAUAGGAGACCUCAAUCAAGAUGGUUAUGGAGAUAUUGCAGUGGGGGCACCUUAUGAUGGUUCUGGUCGAGUUUACCUUUACUAUGGCUCAUCAGAUGGCAUCAACAAAAAGCCAGUGCAGGUACUCUCAUCAGAAUCCAAAAAAGUUACUCUGUUUGGAUAUUCUCUGUCUGGCAACUUGGAUGUGGACAACAAUCAGUACCCUGAUUUGGCCGUGGGAUCUCUUUCUGAUUCUGUCUUUGUUUACAGAGCAAGACCAGUGGUCAGUGUCAGCAGCUCUCUAAAGGUAACACCAAAUCAAAUAGACAUCACAAAAGAGCAAUGUGACAAACGUACAUGCUAUUUUGCAGCUCGGACAUGCUUCACCUACACAGCACAUCCAGCGUCGUUCAAUGCCAAGCUGAUUCUCAACUACACUUUUGAGGCUGACACUGAGAGGAGAAAAGCAAGGCUUUCUCCCAGAGUGGAUUUUCUGGGUUUGUCUCGAGGAAGCCUGGAGCUGCCGGGACAGAAGACAGAAAUCUGUACUGACGCCAAACUCCGUCUUGUGCGUGACAUCAAAGACCGACUGCGCAGCAUCCCCAUCUCAGUCACUUUGUCUCUGUGGAACUCCAGCCAGGCAGCCAGUAUGAGUACAGAUCUGCCUGUCAUUACUCCUGUCCUCAACCUCUUCCAGCAGAAGAGCACCGUCUCAGAGAUUAUCUUUGUAAACAAAGGCUGCGGCAGUGACAACAUUUGCCAAAGUAACUUGGAGUUACAGUACAAGUUCUGUUCCAGAAAAACACAAAACAAUCAGAAUGUUUUCAAGUCAUUGGACAGAGAGGACGGUGUUGCAGUCAUCACUCCUUCUGAUGAAGACAUAGCUUUGGAGAUCACUGUAACAAACAGGGAUGGGGAUGAGGCUCACCAGAGUCACUCACUCAUCAGUCUCCCAGACCCUCUUCGUUACUCUUCUUUUGUCUACAGUACAACAGCAGAAACAAUAGUUACCUGUACUGCCAAUGACAAAGGAACACUAAUAGACUGCGAACUGGGAAACCCACUUCCAAAAGAUGCAGAAGUUACUUUUUAUCUCAUACUCACAACAUCAGGCAUCUCACUGAGUACAAAGGCCAUCAACAUCACUCUGCAGCUAAAAACGACAAGCGUGCAGACCAUACAACCGGUUGAGGCAUUAGCCAAAGUGGUUUUUGAGCUGGAGUUGCAAGUAUAUGGACUAGCCAGGCCUUCCCAGGUAUCACUUGGGGAAUACUUGAGGGGUGAAAGCGCCAUAAAAUCAGUAGAUGAAAUUGGAACUCCAGUCUACUAUGAAUUUAGGAUAACAAAUCUGGGCAGAUCACUGAAAUCUUUCACCAAUGCCUCACUGAACAUCUACUGGCCCAAGGAGAACUCUGUAGGAAAAUGGCUUCUGUACUUGUCUCAGAUCAGUAGUAAAGGUGUGCAGUCUGUUCCCUGUUCACCUGCAAAUGAAGUCAAUCCACUUAAAGAAGUGAAGGGUUGGCAUCACCCCCCCAGGAAACGACGUGAAGCUGAACAUGAGGCACUCUCUACUGAUGGCUUCCCUUUUCUUCCAACGAGAAGGAAAUACAAAACAUUGACUUGCUCAGAUGGGCUGCGGUGUGUGGAGAUACGCUGCCCCCUGCUGGGUUUGGACAGUACUGCAGUGAUGGUUCUGCAUUCACGCCUCUGGAACACGACUUUCACUGAGGAUUACAGCUCUUUGAACUAUCUAGACAUUGUUGUGGAUGCUAGUCUCAGUUUGACAAACUCUCCAGAGAACAUCGGCCUUAAACCAGAGAAGCCUGAGACAAAGGUAAAACUCACAGUGUUCCUGGAGAAAAAGACUGAAUAUUUCACCAAAGUUGCCUGGUGGAUAAUCUUCCUGACAGUCGUUGCAUUGCUCCUGUUGCUGGCAGUUCUUGUCUUCUUAGUGUGGAAGCGUGGAUGCAUCGACUGCCUCGCUCAGAACAAGAAGCUCUUACAUGGAUGAGGUCCAAACAGACGGCUCACAUUAAAGGCUGACAGACUGUCUGCCACUAGUGAAGAAUUGCAUGGUAAUGCAUGAUGACUGAGAAAUCUUUCAUGCAUGACCAUUUUUUUCCACUGUGUUGUUACUGUAAAAAAGGUACAACUGAGGUUCAGAUGUUUUUUGAUUUGCAUUU